AUGUCUGCUGAAGCCCCCACUACCGCUCCUGUCACCGACAACGUUGUUGCCGCUGUUCCUGAGGCUAAUGGCGCUCCCGUCGAGGCCACUUCCGAGGCCGCCGGUGAUGCUGCCAACAACCAGCCCCACUCGGCUUCCCUCUACGUCGGCGAGCUUGACCCCUCUGUGACCGAGGCUAUGCUCUACGAGCUCUUCUCUUCUAUUGGUCAGGUCGCCUCUAUCCGUGUCUGCCGCGAUGCCGUCACCCGCCGCUCCCUGGGCUACGCCUACGUCAACUACAACAACACCGCUGACGGUGAGCGUGCUCUUGAGGACCUGAACUACACUCUCAUCAAGGGUAAGCCUUGCCGUAUCAUGUGGUCCCAGCGUGACCCCGCUCUGCGCAAGACUGGCCAGGGCAACGUCUUCAUCAAGAACCUCGACAACGCCAUUGACAACAAGGCUCUCCACGACACCUUCGCUGCCUUUGGUAACAUUCUCAGCUGCAAGGUCGCCCAGGAUGAGUUCGCCAACUCCAAGGGUUACGGUUUCGUCCACUACGAGACUGCCGAAGCUGCCAACAACGCCAUCAAGCACGUUAACGGCAUGCUGCUGAACGACAAGAAGGUCUUCGUCGGCCACCACAUCUCCAAGAAGGACCGUCAGAGCAAGUUCGAGGAGAUGAAGGCCAACUUCACCAACAUCUACAUCAAGAACAUCGAUCUCGAGAUCACCGACGACGAGUUCCGCGUUAUGUUCGAGGCCUUCGGUGAGAUCACCUCCGCCACUCUCAGCCACGACCAGGAUGGCAAGAGCCGCGGCUUCGGUUUCGUCAACUACGCCAACCACGAGAGCGCCGAGGCCGCCGUGGCCGAGAUGAACGAGAAGGAAGUCAAGACCCAGAAGCUUUACGUUGGUCGUGCCCAGAAGAAGCACGAGCGUGAGGAGGAGCUGCGCAAGCAGUACGAGGCUGCCCGUAUGGAGAAGGCCUCCAAGUAUCAGGGUGUCAACCUCUACGUCAAGAACUUGACCGACGACAUUGAUGAUGAGAAGCUCCGUGAUCUCUUCACUCCUUACGGUACCAUUACUUCCGCCAAGGUUAUGCGUGAUGCCGCUGAGCGCUCUCCCACCCCCGAGGCCGAGGAUAAGGAGACCAAGGGCUCCGAGGAGAAGGAGGUGAAGACCGAGGAGACCGCUGAGGUCAAGACUGAAGAGACCACUGAGGAGAAGAAGACCGAGGAGCAGGGUGAGGCCUCUGAGGAGAAGAAGGCCGAGAAGAAGGCCUUCGGCAAGAGCAAGGGUUUCGGUUUCGUCUGCUUCAGCAGCCCCGAUGAGGCCUCCAAGGCCGUUACCGAGAUGAACCAGCGCAUGGUCAACGCCAAGCCCCUCUACGUUGCUCUCGCUCAGCGCAAGGAUGUCCGCCGCAGCCAGCUUGAGGCCAGCAUCCAGGCUCGUAACACCAUUCGUCAGCAGCAGGCCGCCGCCGCUGCCGGUAUGCCCCAGCCUUUCAUGCAGCCCGCCGUCUUCUACGGUGCUGGCCAGCAGGGCUUCAUGCCCCCUGGACAGCGUGGAGGCAUGCCCUUCGCCCCCCAGGGCGGUAUGCCCAUGCCUAACAUGCCCGCCGGACGUCCUCAGUACCCCGGUCCCUUCCCCCAGGGUGGCCGUGGCAUGCCCCCCAACCAGCAGCUUCCUCCUAACUUCCAGGGUAUGCCCAUGGGCAUGCAGGCUCCUGGUGGCAUUCCUAACGGCAUGGGCUACCCUAUGCCCCAGGCUUUCGGACGUGGCGGCGGUGGCCGUGGUGUUCCCGGUAUGCCCAUGAACAUGCGUGGUGGCCCCGGCUUCAGCCGUGGUGGUCCUCAGAUGGGUCGUGGUGGUGGUCGUGGCCAGCCCGCCCCCGGCGGUCAGCCCGCUGGUGGCGAACCCGCCUCUGCCAAUCAGGCUCUCCUCGCUGCUCCCCCCGCUCAGCAGAAGCAGAUGCUCGGCGAGGCCCUUUACCCUAAGAUUCAGGCUCAGCAACCCGAACUUGCUGGCAAGAUCACUGGUAUGCUUCUUGAGAUGGAUAACGCUGAGCUGCUUGGCCUGCUUGAUGAUGAGGAGGCUCUCCGCGGCAAGGUUGAUGAGGCCCUUAACGUCUACGAUGAGUACAUGAAGAACAAGGGUGAUGGUGAGACCACCGAACCCAAGCCCCAGGAAGCCGCCAAGGAGGCCGCUGUCGAGGAGAACAAGUCUUAA